GUUAAGGUGAUGUUAGGAUAUUUUUUUAAUACUGGGAUGCAUUCAGGUGCAACAGUGUACAUGAUAUGUAAAUGCCCGUAGGAUGUCCACACAAACUACCCAUCUGAGGAGCAGCUUUCAUGGCUUCAUAGUCCACAGAGUUGCGGUGGGGUACUUACCAUUAUGUGUUGCCAAGUAUUCACUACAACCUAAUGCCCUGAGAAUCCACGUAGAAAAAUGUGAGAGGCUCACCUGGUCCUCUAUGAUCUUAAAAAUUCCUGUAGGCUCCGUGCUCCUUGGUCAUCCAUUAGAGUUUUUUCUCCAUAUCCAUCAAUCUCGUCUCCAAGCCAGAUACGCUGUCUUUGGCGAUAGAAAUAUGGCUUUCAGCUUCAGUCAGACACUAUGAGUUACUCUUCAGGGUGUUUUGUAUGAUGUCCAGUUUAUUAGAAAUAAUGGAUACCUUCUCUCCAACCAUGGCAGCAACUGUCAUUUUGAUGCCCAUCGCCAACAUGGAGAAGUUCACUGAGGGAUUUGUGCUAGCUUGAUUAGCUUCAACAUUGCAGUUUUCACUUCAUGGUAUCAGGAAUUUGUUUUCUUAUUUUUUUGUUUUGUUUUGUUUUGUUUUGGGGGUUUUGGGGGCUUCCUGUAGCCCCAUUGUCCCCAAGUUGUUGCCAUGUUGACAAUUUUUUUCCAAAGCAGAAUUUGUAAUUUUAUGAGAUGUUUUUUCAAUUUGAAUCACUGAUCAAACAUCCAAACAGUUUUCCUUUUCCACAGUGGAGGCCCAGAUCAGAUUAUCUGGUCCAAAUCUUUGUUCUGGAAGAGUGGAAGUCCUCUACAACGGUGUCUGGGGAACAGUCUGUGAUGACGGCUGGGACUUGACUGAUGCUGCAGUGGUCUGCAGCCAGAUGGGAUGUGGAUCAGCACUGAGUGCACCCUCACAAGCAUACUUUGGUGAAGGAACAGGACAGAUCUGGCUUGAUGAUGUGGCCUGUACAGGAAGUGAAAGCAAUAUUUCUCAGUGUACCCACAGGGGAUAUGGGAUUCAUAACUGUGUACAUGGAGAGGAUGCCGGUGUCAAUUGUUCAGUUGAUGCCCAGAUCCGCUUAUCUGGUCCAAGUCGUUGUGAAGGCAGAGUGGAAAUCCUCUAUAUGGGCUUUCAGGGAACAGUCUGUGACGACUCCUGGGACAUGAAUGAUGCAGCCGUAGUCUGCAGACAGCUGGGCUGUGGACAAGCACAGAGCGCACCAGGACAGGCGCACUUUGGAGCUGGAACUGGAGCGAUCCUACUUGACGAUUUUGGCUGUUUGGGAAAUGAGAGUGCCUUAUCCCAGUGUCCCUACAGUGGUAUUGGAGUGAACAACUGUGGACAUCAUGAGGAUGCUGGUGUGGUCUGCGGAGAGUCUGUUCCCCAGUACAAAAAGGUGGUGAAGAUGAAGCUGCUGACUCCGCCCACUUUGGAUCUGAAUGACCCUGCGGUGCAGGACGAUCUGCUGCGGCAGCUCCAGCAGAAGCUGAAGGACCAGGGAGUGGAUGGAGAAGUGAAGCUGAGCUGGAGGAAGCUGCCAGACUGAGAAGACUUUCCCAUGAAGGAUCUUUUCAACAUUUUUAGAUUUUCUUUUUCUUUAAGAUUCCUGGUCUUGAUUUCGCAAUUUAAACAAAAUUCAAC